AGACCGAGGUAAGUUAACACAAAGGUAAGUUGACACAACUUCAAUAUCUCGGAAGCUAUAGGCAUUAGAAGUUUGGCAACAACGCAUUUCUGAUCCGCCGCUCCGCCGCUCCGACUUGUCAGUACACGCCGCGGCCGCCCGGCGAACGGUUGUGGCACUAGAGCGUCUGUGGCGAAAACUGCACGAAAAAAUGCCGAACAAUUACAAGCGCAAGACGGAUAGAGGCGAAGUAAGCAUCGAAAUAUAUGAAUUGGCUGCCGAGGAGGUUAAUUUGAGAGGAAAAAGUCUUCGGGAUGCUGCAAAAUCGUAUAACUUAAAUUAUUCUUCGUUGUACCGUUUCAUUCAGAAAAAAAAGAAGAACAAUGACAUGCCUGUCACAAUGGGGUAUGUGCAUAACUCUAUAUUUACUCCUGAAGAAGAACAAACAUUGGCCGAAUAUUUUAUAAAUUGUGCAGCAGCUAAUUAUGGUCUGAAUACUAAAGAUGCCAGGCGACUGGCUUAUCAACUCGCUAAAAAGUACAACAAGAAAUUCCCGCCUACUUGGGAAAGCAAUGAGAUGGCAGGUGAAGUAUGGUUGAGGCUUUAUAUGCAACGGCAUCCAGCACUCUCUUUGCGAGCUCCUCAAGCGACCAGCCUUGCUAGGGCCACCAGCUUCAACGAAGCAAAUGUGAAAUUGUUUUUCGACAAUUACACGCAGCUGUUGGAUAAGCAUAAAUUUUCAGCCUCUGAUAUUUGGAAUAUGGACGAAACAGGAGUUACAACAGUCCAAAAACCUAAUAGAGUCAUCGCUCGUAGAGGGGAAAAACAAAUUAGCGCGAUGACAUCAGCCGAGAGAGGGACGUUAGUUACAGUGGCCCUAGCUGUAAAUGCUAUAGGAAAUCAUCUCCCGCCAAUGUUUAUAUUCCCCAGAAAGCGAUUUCAGGAUCACUUCAUACGGGAUGGACCAGUUGGUAGCGUAGGGUCUGGUAACGCCUCGGGAUGGAUGCAAGAAGAGGAUUUUAAUUUUUUUCUGCAACAUUUGCACAGGCAUGUUCGGUCGUCACCCGAUAAAAAAGCGUUGUUGAUUCUCGACAAUCACAGCUCGCACGUUGCCGUGAAUAACAUUACAUUCUGCAAGGAUAACGGGAUAGUAUUGUUAACAUUUCCUCCACACUGCACGCAUAAGUUGCAACCCUUAGAUCGUGCUGUAUUCGGCCCAUUGAAAAAAGCAAUAAAUACCUCUGCAGAUAGCUGGAUGCGAACUAACCCAGCAAAAACGAUGACGAUAUAUGAUGUGCCUGGAAUAGUAAAAACGGCCAUGGAAGUUGCAGUCACAGGAAGAAAUAUAACGUCAGGUUUUUCAGCAUGUGGUAUCUGGCCCUUGAAUUCAAAUAUUUUUACAGCCCAAGACUUCCUCCCAAGUCAAGUUACCGAUCGUCCGUUAAACGAAAUGCAACCCAGAGCAACGGAAAACCAAGGGGCAGAAACUAGGCCAACGCUCGCGGAUCCAGUAGCAAGCACCUCCACAAAUUCUGCUCCUGUUGCGACUUUAGUUCCGGGGAAUAGUACUGUGUUAGAACAUGAUUCCCCAUUGCCUCAACCCAGUCACAGCAGACACAAUGCAAAUAUGUCUACUCCUCUUCCAGUCGUAGAUGCAACUCAGCUAAACCAUGAACCAGAAGAAACUGUUUCUUCUAUAUCCGAAUCUGGUGUGGAUACUAGCGCUGCUCGACCCAACCACGAACUUGGUGAGCCUAUUCCUUCUGGAUCGAAUGUUACUGCUUCGGAUAAGACUCCAGUCAAAAUAUUUACACCCGAGAUUAUUAGGCCUUUACCCAAAGCUUUACCACGAAAAUGUACGCAGAACAGACGUAAAGUUAAGUCAGCCGUUUUAACGGACACGCCGGAAAAAGAAGCACUUGAAGCCAUUGAAGCAAACAGGAAAUUAAAGAAUGUCAAGAAACGAGUUUUAAAUGAUUCAAAGCAAUUAAAUAUCACAUCUAAGAAAAAGAAAGCUACAAAUCAAAAUAAAAGGCCUACGAAAAACAAGAAGAAACAAACACGAAAAUCUGACAGUGAAAAUGAUGAUGAUUGUUUAUGCCUAUGCUGUUUAGAGUCAUAUAAAAAUAGUAGACCCAACGAGGAAUGGGUGCAGUGUAUAGACUGCAAAGGUUGGGCUCAUGCAGAAUGCACAACUGGCGAAUUAAACUAUAUCUGCCAAAACUGUUUAUCUGAUUGAAUUUGUUAUUUGUUUAUUUGUAUUAUCUUGUGUUAAACUAUUAAAAAUUCUAUUAACCAAGAAGUAAAUUAAUAUGUUGGAAGGAUUUCCAAUCUCAUAGUGAGAUUUUUUUUUGAUUAAGUAAAUCUUUAUUUUGUUGAUGUUUAAAUGUUCGAGUGUGGUUAACCAAGAAGUAAAUUAAUAUGUUGGAAGGAUUUCCAAUCUCAGUGAGAUUUUUUUUGAUUAAGUAAAUCUUUAUUUUGUUGAUGUUUAUAUGUUCGAGUGUGGAUAAAUAAUUAGAAUGUAAAUGUACCUAACCUUCUUUCAAGAACAUGACUGAUUAUUUAUCUACAAGUUACAAUGUAGGUAGGUAAAUGUAACCUUCUUAAAAGAAGAUGACUGAUUAUGUGCAAGUUAGAAUGUAGGUAGGUAAAUGUAACCUUCUUAAAAGAAGUUGACUGAUUAUGUACAAGUUAGAAUGUAGGUAAAUGUCACCUUCUUAAAAGAACAUGACUGAUUAUGUGCAAGUUAGAAUUAAACUAUUUAUCUGCCUUCCUCGCAAUCUCAUGAAGGGAAAACUAUUUUAAGUUACAAAAGUUUUUUUGCCUUGAUCUCAAAAGAAGUUCCUUCAUUGUGUUGAGGUCAAGAUGUUUAUUUUGAUAUUAAAUCGUUUUCAAGCUC